AUGGCGUUUUUGUUCAAAUCGAAGAAGAACCAACCACAACCGGGAGGAGCAGGGUUGCCACCCACAAGCAGGAACAUACAUACAUCGGAGGGUGUAGUGCAGGAGAAGCAACCGUUUGCGAAUGGCGGACCACGAGAUAUGGCCAGAAUGGUGUCUCCAACACCCAGCGGAAGUAUAAACAACUCCCUGAAUUCCGUCACCACUUCCGGCAGCCCUGACCCAAGUCGGGUGCGGCAACGAGCGGACUCUGAAACACAGGUUCAGCGAUCAGGAUCAUCCGCUGCCACCGGGUCACCCACAACAGGAACAAAUGCUGCUCUCUAUCCUUGGUCCCAACGACGCUUGAAUUUCACCUCCGCAAACGCUAACCCUUUCCCCCGAUAUGGCGCUGCAAUCAACUCAAUUGCCUCGAAAGAGGGCGACAUCUACAUGAUGGGUGGUCUGAUUGACGGUUCUACUGUGAAGGGAGAUUUGUGGAUGGUAGAAAGUAGUGGCGGUAAUCUUUCAUGUUUUCCGAUCCCAACGGUCUCGGAAGGGCCAGGCCCCCGUGUUGGACAUGCGAGUCUCCUAGUUGGGAAUGCAUUCAUUGUGUUCGGUGGUGAUACGAAAAUAAAUGACAAUGACAUUCUGGAUGAUACCCUUUAUCUACUUAAUACAUCAUCUCGGCAAUGGUCUCGAGCGAUUCCUCCCGGUCCUCGACCCUCUGGACGAUAUGGCCACACAUUGAACAUUCUUGGCUCAAGACUAUAUGUUUUUGGAGGACAAGUCGAAGCCUUCUUUUUUAACGACCUUGUUGCUUUCGACUUAAACGCUCUUCAAAGUCCUAAUAACAAAUGGGAGUUCCUAAUCCGCAACACGCACGAUGGUGGCCCGCCUGUCGGCCAAAUUCCUCCACCUCGAACAAAUCACACGACCAUCAGUUUUAACGACAAACUGUAUUUAUUUGGAGGCACGAACGGAUCGGCUUGGUUUAAUGAUGUUUGGUGUUACGACCCCAGGACAAAUAGCUGGUCAGAGCUUGACUGUAUAGGUUUCGUGCCUUCUCCGCGUGAAGGACAUGCUGCGGCACUAAUAGGGGACACAAUGUAUAUUUUUGGUGGUCGUGAUAAGGACGGUAUGGAUUUGGGUGACUUGUCUGCCUUUCGUAUCAGCAACAGGCGGUGGUUCUCGUUUCACAACAUGGGACCUGCGCCGUCUCCUAGAUCUGGUCAUAGUAUGACUGCAUUCGGGAGACAGAUUAUCGUCAUGGCCGGUGAACCUAGCUCAGCACCAAGAGAUCCAACAGAACUCAGCAUGGCGUAUGUUUUGGACACAUCCAAAAUCCGUUACCCGAACGAACCCGCUCAAAAUGGCGAGAAAGCUACCGAUGGACGGAAAACGAGCAGUGAAAAGUCUGUGAUACCCGCUGGUCGAGUUUCCAGGGAAGCGCAAAAUGCCCCAGUGGACCAGCCGCGGCGAAUGACAUCCUCAUACCGAGAAAGCAUAACCGGCCCCAAUGCGAAGCCACAAGGCGACCCGUCUCUAGGACCGGUAGGAUCAAGACUCCCACGAGCAUCCAUUGCUCAGGCACCGGCAGGACCGCCCCCACCAGGUCAAGCGCCAACCCCUAACCCACGAAUGAAUGGGCAGGGCCCUCAGGCUCCUAGGAGUAAGACGCCAACGAAGCAAGACCGAAACUAUGGCCCUCAAGUGGAUACAGUACGUGCUGCUGCGGUGGAUCGAGACAUGCCAUCUCCAACUAUGAGGGGCUCUCCAAUGGACAACAAUCGACCCACAGCAAAUGCAAGCCCUGUCUCUGGCGGUCGUCAUACUCCGAGUAGUCAACCUCCAUCAAGGAUGGCUGCAAGGGCAAUGGAGGCCGGGGAAGCCGCUCCACUCAUGAGUGGACCGACCAGGCAAAGAUCACUUCAGAAGCAGCGGCAACGAGCUUCAAUGGACAGUACUGACGAAUCCAUUCUAGGCAGGCAGCCAAGCAUGGAUGGCUCUGUUGAGUCUCGAAACUAUAGGAAUUCACGCAUCCUAGGUGAUGAACCUAGGUCACCCAGACUCACUCCUCAUCAAGAAGCGCUGAUCAAGGAGCUUGAAGCGGCGAGAAAUCGGAACGCUUGGUAUGCUUCAGAGCUAGCGUUGGCCCGUAAAGCUGGGUAUAACCCCACUCCAUCUACCGGAUCGGCACUUGAUGAGCGUCCUCCCGAUGUGUUUGGCGAUGAAGAUCGACCAUUGAUAGAGGCAUUCCUUGCAAUGAGGGCAGAACUUGCUAAGAUGCAAGUGACGGUAGAUCGCCAGGCUGCGAUUGCAUCCAAGAGAGUAGCCGAGGUCGAGCACCAACGUGAUGCCGCAAUCAGUGAAGCUGCAUAUGCUCGUGCCAAAUUAGCAGCGCACGGUGGCAGCCAGCGUAGCACUCCGCAGUUGGAAGGAACGUCUCGUGCUGAUGAUGAUACCGGUUCCGAUCGCGCCGCAGAUCUGAGUAGAAGACUGGCCAUAGCCCUAGCCGCCCAGGCCGAGAUGAAAUCGAAGCUAGAAACCAUGGCGAUUGAUCUCGAACAAGAAAAGAGGGCUCGCGAGUUAGCGGAAGGGACAAACGAAGCGACACGAAAGAGACUGGCGGAACUGGAAAUGCAAAAUCAUGCUUUGGAGCUGGAAAGUUUGCGAGCUGAACUCCAUCAACUGCAAACCCAUGCCAGAGAGGAGUCUGCGCUUCGCUCGGAGGCAGAGGCCAAUUUCAAACAGGCCAGUAUUGAUAAGGAAGAGUUGAGCCAGAAACUGGAAGACGUUACAACACGUCUCAAGGACCACAGUGGUAAUAUGGCAUCGCUUCGUGAAGCUGUUGCAGCAUCUGCAGCGAAGGCUUCUUUGAUGGAGAAACAUCUUGAGGAGGAGCGUGAGCGCCGGGAAGGACUAGAGCGGAAACUACUACAGUUGAGAGCCGAUCAUGAAGAGAUGAGUGCUGAGUUGGAGACUGCACACCGCCGAUUAAAAGAGGCUGAGGAAUUGGCAGAAAGUCAUGCUCGGGAGGCAGAGAGCCAUAAACUUGCCUUUAUCUCAGGUCUUGAUCGUGCAUCGUCAAUUGAUUCUGAUAGCUCGAUUCGUUCAAUAAGCGACCAGCGUGUUGUAGCUUUGCAGGCGCAAGUCGAAGCAGCUACCAAGCUUGCCAGAUCCAAUCAGGCGGCUGCUGAUGAAGCAGCGGACAAAUUAAGACGUGCGGAAGAACGUAUUGCAGGUCUUGAGGCGUACCAGGAGCAAGUUAGUCGUGAGGGUCUUCAGCUUCGCCGCCAAUUGCAGACAGCCAUCAAAGAAAGCCAGACUAUGGCGACGGAGAACAAGGAACUCAAGUCGCAGCUCGAAAGUCAACAGCGCGACACCAGUGCUCUGGCCAUCCAACAUGGUGCUCUUAAGGAUCUUUUGGGUGAACGGGGUGUCCAUCCAUCGGACAGCCGAAGGUCUCCUCUUCUUGACUCACCUGGGUCUCGAUUUGGUACUCCCGAGCAAACACGUCUCCGCGAGCUCGAGCAGCAACUCCAGGCCAGCCUAAAGGCUCAUGAAGAAACAAAAGUUACAUUUGAGUCACGUGAACAAGAAGCUGACCGUGCUUACCGCGAGAAAUUGGAGCAGCUUGAAAACGACUAUCAGUCUGCUGUUCAUUACGUCAAGGGGACAGAGAAGAUGUUGAAGCGCAUGAAGGACGAACUGGCUAGAUACAAGACGCAUGCCGCCACCUUACAAAGCGAGUUGGAGACUGUACAGAAGAAUGCGGAGAAAUCAUCCGACUCACCGGCUCCGGCCUCUUGGGAGAGCGAACGAUCCGAGUUGCAGAAAUCACUUUCGGAGCUCCAGACGAACAUGAGCAGAUCUAUCAACGAAUUGGAGAGCCAGAUCACCAAGCUUCGAGAGGACCUUUCCGCAGCACAAGCUGAGAGCCAUGAGAGUCGAUCGGCGCAUGAAGCUGUCAAGCAAGAGCUACUUGCCGUGGCAGACAGGUCGCGUGCUGAAAUUGAGCAGUUGAAGGAGGAAAAUAAUUUGCUAGAGUCCCGAGCGCUACAUGCAGAACAGCGGGUCACGAUGCUUCUUGAGCAGAUGGUGACGUCUGUUGACAAUCAUCGCCGUCAAUCUCAGCAUGGACAUGGCUUCAGCAGCAUCUCACGAACUCAUAGUAAUGCGUCGACGGCGACGGCCGGCGUUCCCGAUGGCGGCCGUCCUCGAGGUAACAGCAACGUCUCUCGUGACGAUUUAUUCUUAGAUAACCGCAGCUCAAUGGCAUUGGAUUCGCUAGCCAACGAACUGGAUGCUCUUCGCAGUCACUGGGAGAGCACCAAUCGCAGUCAUCGUCUGAGUUCUACAACAUUCGACCUGGAGGCAACUCCAACCAGGGAGACCCAUGAGGGCACUACCUUGACCCCAUUGAGUGAGAGCGUCAGUAAUUGGCGACGGCGUUUAGAGGAAGAAGAGGCACGCGCGAGUAGUCCAGCUGUUGAUUUCUCUGAAGGGUUGAGAACGCCAACUGCAACGAGUCAUGCGAACGCGUCGGAACACUCUGGCAACAAUAUGAUAUAAGCUGAACCGUCUUGAAGAUGAAAGAUUCCCGCGUUUCACUGUUUGCUUUUUUCGUUUUGACUAUUCUAUCCACACUCAUCGUUUUUACAUUUUUAUGUACUUCUAUACCCACCUUAUUUCCAAAACUGGUCUCUUAGCCUUUUGACUUGUUCUUUAUUUCCUGUAAUGGCAGGUACCAUCAUUCGAUGUUGUCUGUCUCUUUGUUUCUUUCUGUGUCUUUGAUUCCUUCUUUGAUUUUAACGCCUAUCACUCUUUGCGUCUUGUAACACAUCUUCAUCGUCAUUUAUUUUACCGCCUGAUUGACCCGGAUGCUUUUCUUGUUUCAUGAUAUCGAAACUGUCUUUCUAGGGACUAUGAUGAACUAAUUAUGGCUGCAUUUAUUUUUCCUCGUCUCUGAGAUAUCAUUGCUGUCAAUGGAAAAACAUGGUUCGAUACUUUUGUUGAAUGCCUCAUAGCUGAUGAUCUCACAUCACGCUUAUUGAGUACACUUUACCAAACCCUCGAGCAUUGGUCU